AUGGAGGACUACCUGCAGGGUUGUCGAGCUGCUCUGCAGGAGUCCCAGCCGCUGCAUGUCGUGCUGGGAAAUGAAGCCUGUGACUUGGACUCCAUGGUGUCCGCUCUCGCCUUGGCUUUUUACCUGGCAAAGACGACUGAGACUGAGGAUGUCUUUGUUCCAGUUUUAAAUAUAAAACGUUCUGAGCUACCUCUGCGAGGUGACAACGUCUUCCUCCUUCAGGAGGUUCACAUUCCAGAGUCCCUCUUAAUUUUCCGGGAUGAGAUCGACCUCCACGCGCUGCAUCAGGCCGGCCAACUCACCCUAAUCCUUGUAGACCACCACGUCUUACCCAGAAGUGACGCAGCCCUAGAGGAUGCAGUGGCAGAGGUGCUAGACCAUCGGCCCAUCGAGCAGAAGCACUGCCCUCCCUGCCAUGUUUCCGUUGAGCUGGUGGGGUCCUGCACUACCCUGGUGACCGAGAGGAUCCUGCAGGGGGCACCAGAGAUCUUGGACAGGCAAACUGCAGCCCUUCUGCAUGCAACAAUCAUCCUGGACUGUGUCAACAUGGACCUUAAAAUUGGAAAAGCAACCCCAAAGGACCACAAAUAUGUGGAGAAGCUGGAGGCCCUCUUUACAGAUCUGCCCAAGAGAAAUGACAUCUUCGAUUCUCUGCAAAAGGCGAAGUUUGAUGUGUCGGGCCUGACCACUGAGCAGAUGCUGAGAAAGGACCAGAAGACCAUUUUCAGACAAGGCAUCAAGGUGGCCAUUAGUGCAAUAUAUAUGGAUCUGGAGGCUUUCCUGCGGAGGCCCGGCCUCACAGCAGAUCUCCACGCCUUCUGCCAGGCUCACGGCGACGACGCCCUGGUCGCCAUGGCCAUCUUCUUCAACGCGCACAACGAGCCCGUGCGGCAGCUGGCCGUUUUCUGUCCCCACGCAGCUCUCCGGACGACAAUCUGUGGAGUCCUGGAACGGUCCCACUCUCCGGCCCUGAAGCUGACCCCUGCCCCAAGCCCUCACCCUAACCUCCAAGCCUAUCUUCAAGGCAACACCCAGGUCUCUCGAAAGAAAUUCCUGCCUCUGCUCCAGGAAGCCCUGUCAGCAUAUUUUGACUCCACGACAAUCCCUUCAGGGCGCCCUGAGACUGCCAGGGAGCAGGUGGACAAGGAGUCGGACGGGGCAGGUACCUCCCUGACCCCUGGACUGAGUCAAGAUGAGGAGGAGCCUCCCCUGCCCCCCACACCCAUGAACAGCUUGGUGGACGAGUGCCCCCUGGAUCGGGGGCUGCCUAAGCUCUCGGCCGAGGCCAUCUUUGAGAAGUGCAGUCAGAUCUCCCGGUCACAGUCCACCGCGGCCUUCCCAUCCAAGAAGUGA